GACAUGUGCGGUUACUGCGUUUCGCGAAUCGGAAUGAAAGCCGCGAAACAAUAGGAAACAUUCAAGGGAAUUGGUGCACAGGGGCACAGAGAAGACCAAUGCAAGUCGUUGCGAAUGGUGAAGCCGUGGCAUGUGUUUUCAGCAAAAGUUGCAUUCGCUUCAAUUAGUUUGCUAAAAUAUGCCCGAAUAAUAUCUGUUGUUGGGUUGGGUUGUUGUUGGACGAAGCCAGCAGCGUAGCUGAAAAGAAAGAUACAAAGAAGAACAUAUUGCAGACAAUAGAGUGAUCGACACCGUGUUUCCACAGGUUUUCCAAACAGGCUUGGUCAGCGUAUGUUUACUGAUGCCGGUUUCAGCACGAUGACGCGCAUAAGCAUCGAGAACCUGAUGCGCACCGAUCGUCCGUUAACUUGGCUGCCGGAACCGUGCUGCGAUCGAUGCUCACUUCCAUUUGCCAGCUAUAGCGAUGCACGGAAAGAUAGGUUACCGUUGCUAUUGUCCUGCCAGCAUAUUUUGUGCGGUCCGUGUGUUAGUGAACAUGCCCAAAGCGAUAGCAUCCAGUGUGAUCGCUGCAAGAAGCAAGUAUCUGUGCGGAAUGACUACGGCAAUGUACUGAUGGCACUGCAUCCCAGCUUCUAUAUGCUGGGCCGAAUAGCUCGGAUGCAACAGGAGCUGGAAAAUAUCGAGAUGUACUGUUUGGACAAGGAUCAGAAAGCACAGGACGCUAAGAGUGCACCGCUUGUGAACGAAAUGCCCGAAGAUUUUUGCAUGGAGCCAGUGUCGGCCAGCGACUUGAAGGCACCGAAGCAGCUGAAAAACUUGCUCGAACGCGCGUUUGAUGCGCAUGAAAGAAGUAGUUUCGCUUUUCAAAAACGUUCCCAAUCAUGUCCGGACAACAUCGAUCAGGUGAUUCAGAAAAUCACUGCACAUUUUCUAACUCUUCACAAUGCUUUGCAGUUAGAGGAAGAGCGCGUUCUCCAACAGGUGCGUAAAGCAUACCUCGAGCAACGACAGCACACUGAGCACCAGCAGCAGCAUUUGGCCGCUGUCAAAGAACGGCUGAAGAAAUUGCACACGCGUGCGAAGCAAUUCAAACGCGAAUCUCCUGCAUCGGACGAUAAAUCGUGGAUGAAGUUUAGCGGAGAAGUGAAACGCUUUCUAGAAACGGAACCACUGAAACUGCCAAUGAAUAACAGUUUCGUCUCGUUAACGAGCUUUCACGCAGAGAGCGAGAAGUUUUUGAAAAACAUCAGCACAAGCUACCGACUGACGCUUCCGCACCAUCGACCACAACUCGUGCCAUUCACCGCCUCUAGGAAGAAACAAAAGAAUGAUUCUGAUGUAGCUACAUCGGUUAAGGAAGAGGAAACUCGGUCUGCUGCACCGACACCGACAACUUCACGCGACUGUACGGUGGCGUCCGGACGGCACCAUCAUCACGAACCGCUCGGGAGACGAGAAACUCGUAAGCUUUUCGAUACCGGCAAGGUUAGCAGCAUAAGUCGUGAUACGCCACGACGCACGAAAAAAUCGCCAAAAUCGGGCUCAAAAACGCACGGGUCGCACAUGACUCUUGACGCAGCAAGGAAGGAGGAUUUGAAGCGGCAUUUCAGCACGGUCACCAUUACGUGUAUCGUAAAUCCGCUCGAACUUUACGUCCAGGACGCAUUGCAUGGUGCGGUGACGGCGGCGCUUAUCGAGCUGUGCCAGACCGAGGCUGAGGAAUACGAAGCGGUAUUGAUAGCUGGAAAGAGUCGCCUGGAGGUAGAGACUGGUCGGCUUUAUCUCGUACAGCCCGAAAAGUCGGACAGUUGGUACAGGGCUCGGGUGCUGCAGGUUUUGAACGGUUCCGAAACAGCGAUGGAACAGUUUACCACGUACAGGGUGCAGUACAUCGAUUUCGGUGGCAAAGAUACGGUUAUGCACGAACAAAUACGUCCGAUAACGGACGAACUGGCCAAUAUCGAGAGUAAAGCGAUCAAGUGCUCGCUGUACAGUGUCGUCUCACCGGAAAGCGACACGGACGAUGGCGAAAUUCGCUGGCCAUCGGAAUGCCACCAGCUAAUGACGGACUUUGUGGGCAAUCGUAGCAUGCUUAUGUACGAGCUGGAUAGCAGCUCGCCCGACUGCUUCAUAGUGGACUUUUUCCUUCCACCACUGCUCAGCAGCAGUAGCAGCGCAUCGGCAGUUGAUGCAGCAGCAAACGAUACGAUGGAUGUAACGUACUGGGAAGGCUACUAUCCUCCGAUGUCGCUGCGCAAAACGCUGAUAUAUUUGCAGCAGUGUCUCGAGGGCCACCCGGGCGAUCUAAGCCCGGCCGCUUCCAAUCGUCUCCAGCUGCUAAAUGCCUGGCUAAUGAAUGCUACUGAAGCGGCCAAGAAACGCUGUACCAUUCCUGCCGCACCGGAGCUGAAGGAGUACGAUCUGUUGGACGUUCACAUCACCCAUUCGCAGUCCCCCGAUUGCUUGUACAUCAUGCCGCUGGAGUGGAAAAAGAACCGCUUCGAUAAAAUGCAGGAAGAAGUGGAUGCGCUGUGCCAGCAGGCGAACGUGUACAAGGUGUUCCAUCCCUACGUAGGGUUGGUGUGUGGGUUUUCGCUGGCCGCGCAGGAUCACAGUCGAGUUUGUUUGCGGGGUCGCGUGGUAAAAUUUGUGCCCGGGAUAUGCGAGAUUUUUGCACUCGAUACGGGUGAAAGCAUGAUAGUUCGGUGUGAAGAUAUGUACCUGUUUCCUCCUGGAAGCGGGCCGAUGCGAGAGUUUCCGCUCGCCGUUUGCUGCCGUUUGGAGCACAUUCACCCGAAGAGCGUUGGAGGCGGUGGCGCGGUCGGCUUUUCGUCCUGGUCCGCGGAAGCAAACGAGGAGUUUAAUAUGCUUAUGAAGAGCAAAACGCUUCCAUUCGCUGUGAAGGUGGAUUCGCUAUGGAAGGAGUCCGGCGUCUAUAGCGUGCUGCUGUAUCUGCGCAACAAAUCGGAUGUGGACACGUGCAUCAACAAAAUGCUCGUUAACCAGGGACAUGCCGAGUGCAACUCGGGAAAGGAGGCGGAAAUCGCUGAUCUUGCGCACAAGGCGCAGGUCGGAGACAGUUCGAUAACGAGCGGCAGUGUGUCUGUUUUGGCCAACAAGGUGAUCGAUCCGCGUGUGCCGGUCGAUGUACUGCGAGUGGUCACACCCGACGAGGUCUAUGUGCGUUUGAGUUCGCGAAAAGCCGAUCUGGAUGGGUUGCACCAGGCGAUUCAGCAGCACAUGGACGAAGCACUCGAUGGUGAGGCUGGCGAAACGGAGGGUCCUACGGUUGGCUGGCACACCGGUGAUAUGUGCCUCGUGUUUACCUCGCCGUCUGACGGCGGUUCGAUCGAGUGGUAUCGUGCCCGGAUUAUGAACGUGCUGGAGGAUGGCGAGCUGUACGAAGCAUUCCUCAUCGACAGCGCGCUCACGGUGCAGGUGCAUCGCACCAACGUGGCACGGAUGGUUCCACGCAUUGCGCAACUCCAACCCGGAGCCGUCCGCUGCAAGCUGGCCUGCCUUGAACCGGUGAAAAGCUCCGACCACUGGACCAGGGUGGUUGUAGAUGCUUUGAUUGGUAUAAUCCAUGCAUACGAAAAGCACGCCAUCUCGCUCGACGUGAAACGUCCCAAAGCGACGGAUGAUAAACUGCCCAACGCCAAACAAUCGCUCUCCGUCGUGCUGUGGGGUGUGCGUGUGUCGGUGCGUCAAGCACUAGCGCCCCAGAAAACCGAGUAUCGAAACAUCAACCAGCUGCUCGCGGUUCGCGGUAUGGCACACCUGAGCGGCACGUUUCGUAUAUUUGCCACCAAAGGGGAUGGUGCGCGGGAAGAGCUGCAAUCGAUCGAGGAAGCGGUGGAAAAGAUGACGUUGUGCGAGUACGAAAAGUUGCAGCAGUUUUUUCGUACAAUCGCCGCCGACUCCACCGAAGCGGAAGGAUUCGGAGCACGGGAGGACGGCAUCCAAACGGCGAAAGUUGUGCUAACAUCAAAAGACGUCCACACGGAAACGGUAAGAGUCGAAAUAGACGAUGCUUGCGCAUCCGUCCUUUCGCUGGCUAGGCAAAAGGUUGAGACAAUUACUGACUGGCCCGCCGGGGACCCGAUCGAGAAGACAGUGUUCGUGGGCAUGCCUACGCACAUCGGGAACGAUGGGACGGUGUUUCUUUACGAUUUGUGUAAGGAGCCGGUGCUGAACCUUAUUCGCGAUAAGAUCAGCGAACGUGUGCAGGACGCUGAUGGGCCACAGCAACCGGCCGUUUUCCAGCCCGGAGAACCGUGUCUCGCAAAGUAUCACCUGGAUGAGAUGUUCUACCGAGCCUCAAUCGUGUCCGUCCACAAAGGAAACAAGUAUCGGGUGUUGUUCGUGGACUACGGUAACGAGGAAACGUGUCGGGGAGAAGAUUUGCGCAAGGACAUCAUCUGCGGACGUGUGCCUGUCCAAACGAAUCGCUUUCGGCUGAGCGGAAUAACUCCGAAGCAAACACAGGGGAAGUCCUCAUGGCCCGAAAACGCACUGAUGGCUUUCCACGGACUGUGCGUACAGCAGCCGUGUACUGUGCGCGUCGAUACAUUGAUCUGGUCGGCGGGCUCCCAGCAGGAGUCACCCAUUCCUCUGCCCAUUCCUUGCAAAUUGUUUCGGCUCAAGGAUUCUAUCGACGUGAACGCAGCCCUGCUGGAACUGGGGAUAUUUGAGGUUCGCGUAGAAGAAGGUGAACAAUACGACAGUCGCAAUGCGGUGCGUCCAACCUCCCGGUUCUACGAACCGAUCGUAUAUCCCAUGACGACUGCCGAGUCGGGACCGAGCCGUUUGCUACCGUUCUGCACACCGGAAGAGCGAGACCUGAUGCAGUUUAUGCGGGAUAUUGAAUCGAGCAUAAAGAUCGACCGUGCCAACAUUUCGAAAGAUUUUGAAGAUCCAAACGAGAUACCCGACGACACGGGGGUUGACAGCGGCUGCCUUAACCGUACCCAGCUCAUCCAUCUGCAUGACGAUAACGAUGUCGACAACGACGACGACCAGCAGCCACAGCAGCAGAAGCAGCCAAACGGACAAAGUGACUGUUCGCUUCCUUCGCCGGCGUCCUUCGUUUCAUGCGAGCUUGAAACAUCCACGCGGCUGUCCGAGGAACAGGACAGUGAGCGAAAUUUCGUCCCGAGCUGUGCCACCGGUGGAUCAAUGCAUGGUGGGCUCUUCGUGUCUCCAAUUAACUUGAACCAAACCCGGGGAUUCUUCGGCGAUUUUACCAACUUCAGCAGCGGUCUUACGCUGCAUGUCUUCCCGCAUCUUGAGGGACACACGCAACGGUUCGCACGCAUGUCGGAGAGGGUGCAGAGCAUCGCCAGCUCGCAGGAAGCGUUGUACCGUUGGCAGGCAAGCCUGGUUGAAAUCGGGUCAGCCUGUCUCGCGCCGUACCGUGCCGAUGGUCUGUAUUAUCGGGCCAUUAUUGAAGCGGUUUACGAGGAUACCGAUGAGGUGAGUGUCCUGUACGUGGACUACCUGAACCGGGACAAUGUGCCGAUCAGUGAGCUGCGCAAGUGUCCGCUCGGAGUGCGUUCGAUUCCGCUGCGUAAUGUAGAGGUGCGACUGUUUGGACUUCGGCCGAAUCCACGCCUCCGUCUGGAUGAUAUUGGUCGACGAAUGCUAGAGGUGUUGGCGCGGCCCUUUUACGUGCGGAUUGUGUCUACAAACCGAACGCAAUCGGAUGGCGUGGUUAAACCGGAGGUAGAGUUCUACACGGACUACGACUGUAAUACGUUGGCGUAUCAGAAGAUGAUCGAAGAGAAGUACUUUUAUUCUACCAAGUCGUAGCGCGAUGGGUGGGAAAGUUUGUUGGAUUUCAUUUGUUUUCACUAUUUUCAUCGCUUCAGAAUAUUAGAUUAGCUUAAUAGUUUUUUUUACUUUCUCUCUCUCUCUCUCUCUCUCUCUCUCUCUCUCUCUCUUUCUCUUUGUUGUUAUUAUUACGCUUAAAAUAUGUAAUUUACCAUACAUUUUGUUUACUAUUAUUUUUGCCAUACUUUCACCUAAAAGUACAAGAAAUCCCAAAGAUUGGGUAGGGAAAUGCAGGAUGAAAUCCGUUGAUGUGUUGAACUAUUUACUUUGAUAAGAAUGAUUACACUAAUAAUGCGCUUGAAAGCGAUCGAUAUAACCGUUUUGUGAUUUAUUAAUAAAAACAAUACGAAAGAGACCCUUUCCUUAUACAGAUGAGUCUGAAUUAUGUUUAACGAAGCCAUUCACGUGUGCGAUUUGAGACGUCUCUCUUUGAAUUGCCUUUUCCAAAAGUAAUACCAAAACAUAUUUGCCAGUAAGAGUGAAAUAUAAACGGGAAAAUAAAGGAGGAGGCCACAAAUGAAUGUGUUGCGCCAUUUCCUAAAAAUAACUCGACAUACCAUAUAAGCACAAUAAAUGGCACGCAUUAAUCAUGUCGACCGAAGUCCGACUAUCCUUGA